CUUAAGGGCCCUUUAACGUGAAGGGGCGGGGGAAAGACCUGUUCGUGACGUCACGGCCCGGCUGUUCCGAUCUGCCGGCGCUGCGGACGGAUGGCCGCGCUGAGGAAUCUAUCAAUGGCUAUCGGGGCUGCGGUUGCGGCGCUCGGCUCGGUUCUGUUCAUCGCUUGGAGCCGGUAUUUCCCCUGGCAGCGGACGAAGCGGCACCAGCUGGAGUUCAGCCCGCAGACAGAGAACAAUUACUUGGACCGGCAGAUUUUGGUACUGGGUUUGGACGGAGCCGGUAAAAGCAGCAUCAUCCACGCGCUUAGCACCAACACCACCAGAUCGAGAUCGGCACCAACCCAUGGCUUCAACUCAGCCCAAAUCCUCAGCCAGGGCUUGAGGAUUGAAUUGUUAGAGGUUGGGGGAAGCCUGAAUCUUCGAACAUACUGGAACCAGUACCUGAAGAAUGCCCAUGUCAUGGUCUUCGUAGUGGACUCCACAGAUGACAAACGCCUGCCUCUGGCGAGACACGAACUUCACCGCCUUCUGGAAGAAGCACCUGGGCUGCCUCUGGUGGUGCUGGCCAACAAACAGGACCGUAACAUCGCGCUUGGGCUCUCUGACAUUCACACGGAGCUGUCACUUCACCGGAUAGCAGGACAGAGGCAUGUUACUCUACUGGGGACUAGCGCCGUGUCAGAUGGUGCUGGGGGCAGUACCACCAUGCAGACUGUGAGAUCGCUGCUGGAAGAGACGUUACACACAGAAAAAGGACCACUACACUAUAUAACCAACCAUCAACAAACUUCACUCACAAAUCACCUGACAUGAGUGUGCCACUCAAACAAGCGUUAUGAACAAUUGUCCUCUCGAGCGACUGAUCCUGGCACCUUGUAUCUGGGCGCACUCUUCCUCUCUGUGGUUUGACGCAGUAAGCGGCGUUCGAACUCAUGGAUAAUCACAACGGAGCACGGUGUGGGCUGGCCCACAAUACCUCAUCUGCUCUUAUGCAAGAUGGCCCUUGCUGCUAGUAAAAUAAGUUAUUUUAUAAAUGAGAAUGA